GUUCUGUUUGAGAUACGCGGAGUGUCUUGUUUUCCGGACGGGAAGGAAGUUUGUUUACUUUGCUGUUCCCAUUAGCAUUUGUUGGAAAGUACCUUAUUCGCAAUGCCUGAACCGGCGAAAUCCGCCCCCGCGCCUAAAAAGGGCUCCAAGAAGGCGGUGACGAAGACCCAAAAGAAGGGCGACAAGAAGCGGCGCAAGACCCGGAAGGAGAGCUACUCCAUCUACGUCUACAAGGUGCUGAAGCAGGUCCACCCCGACACCGGCAUCUCCUCCAAGGCCAUGAGCAUCAUGAACUCGUUCGUGAACGACAUCUUCGAGCGCAUCGCGGGGGAGGCGUCCCGCCUGGCCCACUACAACAAGCGCUCGACCAUCACCUCGCGGGAGAUCCAGACGGCCGUGCGCCUCCUGCUGCCCGGGGAGCUGGCCAAGCACGCCGUGUCGGAAGGCACCAAGGCCGUCACCAAAUACACCAGCUCCAAGUGAGAGAUCCUGUCUCUUCCAAUCUUCCAGCAGUGAACCCCCAUCAUGGCUGUAAUUGAGUUGAUCCACUUGCUGCUGGUUAUCCUCUUCUCCAGCAUUAUGGAUUUCUCCAGAAACAUAGGUCUUUGCAUAAUGUGUCCCAAAUGGAACAGUUUGAGCCUGAGCAUGUCCAUCUCAACUGAGAACUCUGGAUUGAUUUGUUUUCUGGUCUAUCCAUGGCAUUCUGAGGAAUCUUCUCUAAGUUCAAAAGCAUCAAUAAUCUUUCUAUCCUGCUUACAGUAUCACGUGGAAAACCACUGCAUGCAUGGUUCUGAUCUUCUAACUGUAGUUGCAUUGUGGCAACUGAAUAUUUUUUCCAAGGCCUUCAUUGUUACCUAUCAAAUGCUGCCCUGAGGCAUAUUUCUUGAUAACUGGUUUCAUUGUUGUUGACAGACAAUCCUAAAAGGCAGAAGCUAUCCAUUACUCCAGCGUUUCCAUUGUCAAUUCUAAGGCUGAUGGCUAAUCUAUUAUUAGUUUAGUCUUUUAAUUUAAUCAUAGUCCAAACAUGUUGCAGGAAUCCAAAUGAGCAGUGAUGGGGUCAUGAGCUUAUGAUCAAUUCAGGAGAAAAAAAAAAAGUAUUUUAUUAAUUUGAUUUAUAUGCCUCCCCCUAUCUCACCCUAGCAACUUUGGACAGCUAACACCAUAUGAAAUAUAAAACAGAGAACAUAUAAAAAAAUCUAUAAUGGCAACAUAAUCAUCAAUAAAUUAUUGUCUCACAGGCUCCAA